AUGUCAUCUAUCGUUCUACCUGGUCCAAAAGCUCUAUCCUCAUUUAGAGUUGAAAACCUUACCAAUGAAAUCAAUCGAGCCUUUAAUGGUAAGAAUGUCGUUCAAGAAAUUCGUUCAUGUUACGUUCAUUAUGUUGAUCUUUUAACUACAAAAUUAAAUGAUAAAGAAACUUCUUUAUUAGACGUGCUAUUAACUUAUGAUAGUGCUUUAGAUUUCAAAAAUGAUAAUGUUGCUAAAUUAUUACAUGAUGCUAUCUCUAAUAAUGAUUCAUCUAUUAAUGAUUCCUCUAAUGGAAAUUAUUAUUUAAUAAGAGUUAUUCCAAGAUCUGGUACUAUUUCUCCAUGGUCUUCUAAAGCUACUAACAUCUCUAACGUAUGUGGUUUACAAGAAAAAGUUAGCAGAAUUGAAAGAGGUACUGUACUUUUAAUUAAAGUUGAAAAUGAUAUUGAUCUUACAAAUUCACUCAAUGAUGUUACUUUGAAAUCAGUAUAUGAUAGAAUGACACAUCAAUUGUAUAUUGAUCAAGCUCCACCAAUUUCUGCUUUGUUUACUCAUGAAGAACCAAGGCCUCUGGUCUCUGUUCCAUUGCAAUCUCAAACCUCUACAAUGAAAUCACCAAUGGAAACUUUACAAAAGGCUAAUGUUGAAUUAGGUUUAGCCUUAGACGCUGGUGAAAUGGAAUAUUUAAUUAAAGCUUUUACUGAUAUUAUGAAAAGAGAUCCAACAGAUGUUGAAUUGUUCAUGUUUGCACAAGUAAAUUCAGAACAUUGUCGUCAUAAGAUUUUUAAUGCAGAUUGGACUAUUGAUGGUUUAAAGAAAAACUAUACUUUAUUUCAAAUGAUUAGAAAUUCUCAUAAGAUCUCUCCAGAAUAUACUAUUAGUGCUUAUUCUGAUAAUGCCGCCGUCAUUGAUACUGAAAAUGAAGCUUAUUUCUUUUCUCCAGAUUCUAUUACUAAGAAGUGGACUGCUUUGAAAGAAAGAGUUCCAAUGCUAAUUAAAGUUGAAACACAUAAUCAUCCAACUGCUGUAUCUCCAUUCCCAGGUGCGGCUACUGGUUCUGGUGGUGAAAUUCGUGAUGAAGGUGCUACUGGUAGAGGUUCUAAGUCUAAAUGUGGUUUAAGUGGGUUCUCCGUUAGUGAUCUUUUGAUUCCAAAUUUCAAACAACCAUGGGAAUUAGAUGUCGGCAAACCAUCACAUAUUGCGUCUGCUCUAGAUAUAAUGAUUGAGGCACCAUUAGGUUCUGCAGCUUUCAAUAAUGAAUUUGGUAGACCAUGUAUCAAUGGUUACUUUAGAACUUUAACAACAAAGGUAAAGAAUCAUGAUAAUGUUGAAGAAAUUAGAGGUUUCCAUAAACCAAUUAUGUUAGCAGGUGGGUUUGGUACUGUUAGACCACAAUUCGCUUUAAAAAAUAAACCAAUUACAGCAGGUUCAAGUAUUAUUGUCCUUGGUGGUGAAUCUAUGUUGAUCGGUCUUGGUGGUGGUGCCGCUUCUUCCGUUGCAUCUGGCGAAGGUUCUGCCGAUUUAGAUUUUGCUUCUGUUCAAAGAGGUAAUCCAGAAAUGGAACGUCGUUGUCAACAAGUUAUUGAUGCUUGUGUUGCACUUGGUGAAAAUAAUCCAAUCCAAUCCAUUCACGAUGUUGGUGCUGGUGGUCUAUCUAAUGCUUUACCUGAACUGGUUCACGAUAAUGAUUUGGGUGCUGAAUUUGACAUUAGAAAGGUUUUAUCUUUGGAAAAAGGUAUGUCUCCAAUGGAAAUAUGGUGUAAUGAAUCUCAAGAACGUUAUGUAAUGGGUGUAGCAUCCGAGGAUUUGGCAACUUUUGAAGAAAUUUGUAAAAGAGAAAGAGCUCCAUACUCUGUAGUUGGUAAUGCUACAUCUGAACAAAGAUUAUUAGUUAAGGAUUCCUUAUUAAACACCACUCCAAUCGAUUUAGAAAUGUCAAUUUUAUUUGGUAAGCCACCAAAAAUGUCUAGAAGUGCUAUUACUGAAUCAUUAACUUUACCUAACGCUGAUUUAUCUGUCGUACCAUCCUUAAAUGAUGCCGUUGAAAGAGUUUUAUCGCUACCCUCUGUUGCUUCUAAAUCUUUCUUAAUUACUAUUGGUGAUAGAACCGUUACUGGUUUGAUUGACAGAGAUCAAUUUGUUGGUCCAUGGCAAGUUCCUGUCGCUGACGUUGGUGUUACUGCUACUUCGUUAGGUGACUCAAUUAUUUCUACAGGUGAAGCUCUAGCUAUGGGUGAAAAACCAAUCAAUGCUUUAAUCUCUGCAGCUGCCUCAGCUAAACUUGCUGUUGCCGAAUCUUUACUAAACAUUAUGGCUGCUGAUGUUAAAUCUUUGAAACAUAUUAAAUUAUCUGCGAACUGGAUGUCUCCUGCCGCUCACAAAGGUGAAGGUUCAAAAUUAUACGAAGCUGUCCAAGCUCUUGGUAUGGAUCUUUGUCCUGAUCUUGGUAUCGCUAUCCCAGUUGGUAAGGACUCAAUGUCUAUGAAGAUGAAAUGGGAUGAUAAGGAAGUCACUGCCCCAUUAGCUUUAAACAUUACAUCUUUUGCCCCAGUUAACAACACUUCUAACACUUGGACUCCAUUAUUGAGUAAGAGUUGUGGUAAAUCUUCAUUAAUUUUAGUUGAUUUAUCCAGUUUACAAACUGAGAAACGUUUAGGUGGUUCUGCUUUAUUACAAGUUUAUGGUCAAGUUGGUAACUCUUCACCAACUGUCUAUGAUAAUUUGGUAUUAAAGGGUUUCCUUGAAGCCAUAAUGGGCCUGCAUAAAGCACAAGAUAUUGUAUCUUCUUACCACGAUGUAUCAGAUGGUGGUCUAUUUGUAACUUUAUUAGAAAUGGCGUUUGCUUCAAGAUGUGGUGUUGAAAUUAAUGUUCAAGGUACUUCCCAAGAAUUAUUAUUAGGCGAAUUGUUUAAUGAAGAAUUGGGUGCUGUUUUCCAAGUCUCUAAUGACAAGAUUGAUGAAUUUACUCAAAUUAUGAACUCAAAUGGUGUUUCUUCUAAUUAUAUUAAGGUUGUUGGUACUCCAGACUUUACAUCUCAAGAGAUAAAGAUUAAGAAUGAUAAAGAAACCGUAUACACCAAUACAAGAGGUAAAUUACAACAAAUUUGGGGUAAGACAUCCUUUGAAAUGCAAAAAUUGAGAGAUAAUCCAAAUACAGCUCAAGAAGAAUUUGCUACUUUAUUAGAUGAUAAAAACCCUGGUUUACAAUACCAAUUAACUUAUGAUCCAAAGGAUGAUCUUCAAAUUGGAACUACGUUAAAGAAUGUUAGACCUAAGGUUGCAAUCUUAAGAGAACAAGGUGUUAAUGGUCAAAUGGAAAUGGCAUGGUGUUUUGAACAAGCUGGAUUUGAAUCUAUUGAUGUUACAAUGACUGAUUUAAUUAAUGGUAAAGUUCAACUUAAGGAUUUUGUUGGUUUUGCAGCUUGUGGUGGUUUCUCAUAUGGUGAUGUCUUAGGUGCCGGUGCAGGUUGGGCAAAAUCUGUUCUUUAUCAUGAAGAAGUUCGUCAACAAUUUGUUGAUUUUUUCCAAAAUAGAGAUGAUACAUUUGCAUUUGGUGCUUGUAAUGGUUGCCAAUUUUUAAGUAGAUUAAAAGAAAUUAUCCCAGGUUGUGAAAAUUGGCCAACUUUUGAAAGGAAUUUAAGUGAACAAUAUGAAGCACGUGUUUGUAUGGUUGAAAUUGAUUCAAAAUUAUCUGAACAAAGUAUCUUUUUAGAUGGUAUGACAGGAUCAAAAUUACCAAUUGCUGUUGCACAUGGAGAAGGUAAAGCAACAUUUAUUAAUGAAGAAGAAAUGAAUAAUUUUGAAGGACGACAAUUAGGUUCAAUUAGAUAUAUUAAUAAUUAUGGCGAAGUAACACAAGAAUUCCCAUUUAAUCCAAAUGGUGCCACCAAUGGUAUUGCAGGUAUUAAAUCACCAAAUAAUAGAGUCCUUGCAAUGAUGCCACAUCCUGAAAGAGUUUGUCGUUUGGAAUCUAAUUCAUGGUAUCCAGAAGAUAAAUAUGAUGAAUGGGAAGGAUAUGGUCCUUGGAUAAGAUUAUUUAGAAAUGCAAGAAAAUGGGUCGCUAAGACAUCUGGUAAUUAA